AUGUCAACAACCGACUUAACGGUCAAAACAGCGCGCCUGUCGCUGCGCGAGCUGCCGCCCAACAGCCACCUCGUGCACGCGACCAACUGCCUCGCGACGUGGGGGUCUGGCAUCGCCGCCGAGCUCGCAGCCAUAUUCCCCGACGCCUGCAAAGCCUACAAGGCAUUCUGCCACGCCGCCAAGUCCAGCGCCAGCGAGCGCCGGCCGCCGCGCAGCCUGGCGGGCCAGUGCCUCGUGAUUCCGCCGCAGGAGGGCGACGUUGCGCGCGGCGCGCCCCGGGUGCACAUUGUGUGCCUGUUCACCUCGUACGGCUACGGGACGCCGAACCGACGGACGGGGAAGCCGGGCAAGGACACCACGGACAGGAUCAUCCAGCAGACGCGGACGAGCCUAAAGGCGUAUCGGAGCAAGGUGGACGAGGAGGCGGCGCGGGAAGGGGGGCGGGAGGUGGCUGUCUAUUCGCCCAUGUUCAACUCGGGCGCGUUUCGCGUGCCGUGGCAGAGGACGCUCGAGGUCAUCGAGGAGGAGUUUGCGGGUGCCGAGGCGGCGUGGACUGUGGUGCUGCAGCCGGCGCAGCAGCGGAGCAGGUGA